AUGUCUCCUUGUGCCUAUAAAUGUCCCUCAGGUAACCAAAUCAAGAAUCACUUCACAAAACAAGCAACAAUACAUACACACCCAUAUAAUAUCUAGGAAACGUGUCUCUUGCUCAAGUUUCCUCAGGUGAAGCUCAAAUCAUGACCAAACCAGCUGAGCAAAAACGUCCCUCUGGAAAUUAUCAACCCAGCCGCUGGGGCAAUCGAUUUCUCUCGUAUGAUUCCGCCCCACUUCUGGAACACGAUGGAGAAAUAAAAUAUAACAAAUUGAAGGAAGAAGUGAAGCAGACAGUAAUGACUAUUGUUGACAAGCCUUUGCAUGAGAAACUUAUCUUCAUUGAUGCACUUCAGCAACUGGGUAUAUCAUACCAUUUUGAAAGCCAGAUUGAUCAAAUCUUGAAGCAAAUUUACGAGACAACCAAACUUGAUAAUCAUGUUGAUCAUGAUGACGAUCUUUAUAUCAUUUCUCUUCAAUUUCGAUUACUCAGACAACAAGGUUAUAGAAUUUCAAGCGGAGUGUUCAAUAAAUUUACGAACGAAAAUGGAGACUUCGAAAAAUCCUUGACUACCAAAAUUGUCGGAAUGUUAGAACUGUAUGAAGCUUCCCAUUUGCUAGUACAUGGAGAAGACAUAUUAGAGGAAGCGUUGAUUUUCACUACCACUCAUCUUGAGUUGGCCUCGAAGAAUGCUAGUUUAAGUAACCAUCUUGCUGAACAAGUAGCAAAGGCUCUAAAACGACCAAUUCGCAAGGCUGUAUCCAGGCUUGAGGCGAAGAGAUACAUUUCCAUCUACCAACAAAAUCCUUCACAUAAUGAAACAUUAUUGAACUUCGCUAAGUUAGAUUUUAAUUUUUUACAAUCUUUAUAUAAGAAAGAGCUCAGUGAACUCACAAGAUGGUGGAAUGAAUUAGACAUUACAACUAAUGCACCUUUUGCAAGACACAGAUUGCCAGAAAGUUAUUUUUGGCUUUUGGGAAUAUGUUUUGAACCUCAAUAUACCUAUGUAAGAAAAACAAUGGCCAAAAUGAUUUCCAUAGCAAUACUUUUAGAUGAUGUAUAUGAUGCAUAUGGUGUACUGGAAGAGCUUGAAAUUCUUACAGAUAUGAUUAAGAGGUGGGAUACUGAAAACUUAGAUGAGCUUCCAAAAUACAUAAAAUUUGUCUACCGGACUCUUUUAGACUUUUAUGAAGAAGUGGAGCAAGAGAUGACUAAGAGAGGAAGUGCAUAUCGAGUUGAGUAUAUAAAACAAAAGAUUAAGGAGCAAGUCCAAGUCUAUAUAACUGAAGCAAGGUGGUAUAAUCAAAAUUACACCCCGCCCACGGAAGAUUGUAUGGAGGCCGCAUUAAUUUCAUGUUGUUACCCAAUGUUUAUAACCUCUACGUUUGUGGCAAUGGGAGAUAUUGCAACAAAGGAAAUUCUUGAUUGGGUAUCUGCUAAUCCAAAGAUUGUGAUCGCUUCCGCAAUUGUUAGCAGGCUUAUGGGUGAUAUCGUCUCCCACACA